AUGGCUCAAGGGAAGCAGAAGUUUCAGGCCCGGAGGCCUGCCAAGAAGGCAUUGGUGGCGGCUGCUUCUUCGGCCUGCCCGGGCCCUAAGAAAGGCGGGCGAGUAAUAGCCCCCCAAAAGGCCCAGGUGAUCCAGCAGCGGAAACUAAAGAAGGACCUGGAGGUUGGCAUCCGAAAGAAGAUUGAACAUGAGGUUAUGAUGAAAGCCAGCACCAGCUUGCCCAAGAAACUGGCCCUGCUGAAGGCCCCAGAGAAGGGGGCCAAGAAAAAGGAAUCUGGUGGCAAGAAUUAA